AUGAAUGAAGGUCGUUUUAAUCUCAGAGGUUGGGAAAGUAACCAUUUAACCUCAACAACACCCAACAAAGAAGAUAAAGAAGUGUCAGUCUUAGGGUUGCUGUGGAACUUAGGUAGAGAUACCUUGCGAUGCGUGAUACCGGAGGUGCAUUGUGAAACGAUGACCAAGAGAACAAUUUUAUCGUGCACUCAACGGGUAUUUGAUCCAGUCGGGUAUACAUGUCCUGUGACCUUAUAUCCGAAGAUAUUACUUCAAGAACUAUGGUCUUUGAAAAAAGGCUGGGACGAACCAGUUCCAGAAGAAUUUCAAACAAAAUUUGAGAAAUGUAAAAAGCAAUUACCUCUUUUGGGAACUAUUGAAUUGCCAAGAUUUACUCAUAGAGAUCCGGAUUCCCAAUUACACGUAUUUACUGAUGCAAGUCAGAAAGCAUAUGCAGCCUCUGUAUUUCUGAGAACGUCUAGUGAAGAAGGUAUAACAAUAACACUUUUGCGUGCAAAAUUACGAGUCGUACCUAUAGAGAAGAUUACAAUACCACGUCUGGAGUUGCUGGCAUAG